AUGAGUUUGAAAACGGUGGAAAAUGGCAUCUUCACUAUUACUAGACUGAAAACUGUGUUUGAGCAGCUGGUCAAGUCGUCCCAGCUUCUUCUGGCGCUCUGGAAACAGCCAUCCAAGUCUGAGGUGAAUAAUAUGAAGACGCUUCCAUUGGCAAUCAGACCAAAGUUUGAUUUGCGCCAGGAAAUCGCCAAAAGCAGCGGGAAAAAGGGCUGGUCGUUGAAAUUGGCUCAGUCUUUUGGACAUGUGAAGGAGCUUGUGAAGUUUUAUACGCACGGAGUGAAACUGGUGUGGAAUAAUCAGAAGGCGUUGAAGGUGCUUAGGAAGACUGACUAUAAGGUGACCAACCAGAUCAAUAAUGCUGGAAAAUCGGUCGAUAUUCAGGUACCUUCGUUUCCUGUUUUGACACAAGAAAUGGCCCAGGCAUUGUACCAGACGUUCGUGGAGAACAGGACGAAUAUCGAGAACACUGCUGGAGGAGCAGUGGACCAUAAUAGGGCAUCUUCGCUUGCGGUGUAUAAACCUGAAAUGUUCAAUUUGCCUCGCCUGGACUUUUUGUUGUUCAAACGGACGCCAAUGGACUUUAUCAAGAUCCCUACGUUUUCGGUGAUUUUCAUUGUGUUCAUGGAACUCACGCCAGUGCUCUGCUAUGCGUUUCCUGAAAUCACUCCUCUGACGUGUGUGCUUCCUAACAUUCUCCCACGUCUCUGGCCGUCCAAAAACCACGAAAAAGUGAUUAGAACCGUGCCAAAAGAUACAGACUUGGAAGAGUUGGCAUCUAAAACAGCAUACAACUUGUCUCUGGACCAAGUAAGUGCUUUGGCAGACGCUCUUCGCCUCAAAACGAAAUACAUCCCUACGCAGAUUUUCCCAGAACUGGUUUUGAGAAACCGUUUGCAGGCCCACUACAACUUCCUCAAGGUGGAUAACUACUACUUGAGCGGUCUCAACGGGAACGGUAAUGUCUGGGACUUAACCAAACAAGAGCUUCUCAUUGCCUGCCUCGAGCGUAACUUGAUCAAAGACGUUAAAAAAUUCACCGAUUUGGAAGAAUCCCACAAGCCCAACAAGGCAGAAGUGUUGGAGCACGAACUCAACCUCUUGAGACUCCAGCUUAUACAGUUUAUCGUGAACUUUGAAAAGUUCAACAUCGGCUACCUUCUCUUGUCGCAGCUCAUCGAGCCGCCAACCGAAGAAGCCCUCCACUGGAGACAGGAAAAAAACUAG